GUCGGCGGGCGAUACGCCGAGCACAAGCUCCCACAAGGAGACUUCCACUCAGUCAAGACGAAGACGUCGAACGAGAACCACUAUCGGUCGUGCGUGCGGUCGCCCAAUUCCCUCAAGAACACCACAAUACAAAAAAAACCACCCCGAAACGAUCGGGAAUCCCCGCGUUAAAGUGCGCCCUCGAACCAACCUAGUGCAGUGUACGUGUACCACAACUAGUGCGCCUCUAAAUCCGAUUGAUUCGAGCAUUUCGAUCAGAAAUAAAUAAAGUAAAAGUGUGUGCGAUACGACCGAAAUCGACAACAGUGGCCCCCAAAUGCCCGCCGUGCGCGCCGCCACCGCCCAAACCGUCCCCCUUGAUGUUCAUGUUCCGCAGCAGGAAGACGAACCUCACUAGGCGCCUGGUGAAGGCCAGGAAGCGACGCGGCGGCAAUGAAACCGGCCGGCCGGCCGACGACGAUCGCGACCAGACGGGCGUCUUCGAGCUGCUGAAGCAGCUGCAGGAGAACCAGCUGGAGAUGCUGCUCCGAGCCGUCGACACCCGCGGCCAGGACGCCGGCAACUGCGUCCUGGUGGCGCGGACGGCGGUGGCGCCGUCGCGGCGCGUCGACUACGACGACGACCGCCAGCCGCAGCAGCCGCACGUGUCGUUCUGCCGGGCAUGGCGGUGGCCGGAUUUGAGAAAGGGCGGUGAACUGAAACGGUUGCCGAUGUGUAGGUCGGCCAGCGAUUCUGUAUACGAUUGCUGCAAUCCGUACCAUUGGAGUAGGCUCUUGCAACCUGAAACACCUCCUCCUCCAUAUAGUCGAAUAGAUAUGGAUCAAUUAAAACCCGAAGAGCGCGCUCCCAGCGAAGUCCCUCUCGUUUGUCGAGAUUCCUAUCCCGGUUCGCUCACCACGAACGGAGAUUCCGUGAAUCCUCUGGAAUGGUGCAAACUGGCCUACUGGGAGCUGUCGGAGCGCGUCGGGCCCCUCUUCCCCGUGGAACCACCGGCUGUGAAUGUAUUCGGAAACGUAUCCCAUCCCGACGGUCUUAGUUUAGAAAUGUUAGCUCAACAUAGUUUUAGUCCUAGCAAGUCAGCGGUCCAGAAAGCCAGGUGUAAAAUCGGUUUAGGAGUAACGCUAUCUCGAGAGGGCGGCCGCGUCUGGGUGUACAACCGCUCGGACAAUCCCGUCUUCGUGAACUCGCUGACUCUGGAGGACCCGGACUGUCCUCUGCCUACGCGCGUACCUGCCGAGCACUGCCUGUGCGUCUUCGAUCCGACGCGGGCGGCUCAACGAACGUUCGGCUGGGGCUUCGGCCACCGGCCGCCGAUCGGCCCCGUCGAUCCGAAUUCCAUUAGGAUCAGCUUCGCCAAGGGCUGGGGCCCGAACUAUUCCAGACGGGAGAUCACCUCCUGUCCCUGUUGGUUGGAGAUACUGCUGGCGCCUUGCAGGUGAUCCGGCACCGGCGGUUCGUUCGCAUCGGGACUGUCGGUUGUUGUUUUUUUUUAUUUUUAUUGUUGUUUUAUUAAUCGGCCGUCGGCCGGUGUUCGAGCAACGGGAGUACGGAGAAACGGGGAAGGCCGAGCGAUUAUUUAAAGGCAGUUUAUACGGACGCGUCGUUUGAGGAGAUGUACGGUUUUUUAUUAUGUAUCUUUCGAUGUCAUCGAGGUGAAUGAUGAUAGCAAAAGGCGAAAAUUCUACCGGGUUUUUAACCGGCUUUAUUUUGUUUGCUUAAAUGAUUUUUAUCGACGUAAAAACUAAUUUAAUGCAACUUUUAAUUCGUUUAGGACCGAUUUCUAAUGUUCCAUAUAACUAAUAGGAAUAUUAGAAAUUCAUGAAAUUCUAUUAGUGAAUCAUUAUUAUCAUUUAUCUCGACGUGUGCACUAAAUUCAGUAAUACCUGGAAUUAUUUUUUUAUCAUUCGUUUUGGGUCAAAAUUUGAAAUCUGUAAAUGUUUGCUUCUAUCUUGUUUAACGAUUGUUAAAUCGAAGAAACAAUUCCGUCCGAAGUCGAAGAAAGCAAAAAAUUCUUAACAAUAAAAUCAGAAAAUUAAACGAAAUACAUCACAAUUUGAAUUUCCAACUGGAUGAGAGACAAUAAAUUGAAUUUGCGGCAAAAUGUUAUUGCAAUUUCAAUUGAGUAUACAGAGUGUUAAUUAAUUGAAUGCCAAUAUUUCAGGAUGUGAAUAUUUGGAUGAUUUUAAGAAGAAAAGUUUCUAUCAAUGUAUGUCCUAAACCUCUUAGUUUCUGAGUUACAGGGUGUAAAAAUUUAGAAAAAAAACUUUUCUAUCAUAAUUUUCUUAUUACUCAUGAACACACUGUAACUGAACAAAUUUAUAGUAAUUGCAAUAACGAUUUUGCCGCGUUUUGGGGUGAUAAAAAAAUAAAGUAACUUAGACUUGAAAUUUCGAAUCGAAAUUUUCCACCCGAAUGCCUUAUUCGCAUCUCGUUCGAAUGAGAUGCAGAAUUUUCUUCAACCGAUUAACGUUUUGGUGCUUUGGGGCGUUUUUUAGCUAAAUGCCUUAGUCAGGGACCAUAAUGUUCGAUUUUUUUUACAUUGUUCCAUGGAAGCAUUUUUACUUAUUUAAAUAAGUUCGUUAGAAGAGAAAUUCCCGCAUUUGUCCUGUCGCAAUAAAUCAAAUAUGGGAAUUUGAAUUUGUACAUAAUAUAGGUAUGGUUUUGAUUUGUGCUAAAAUAUGUUCGUCGAAUGAAUACAGGUUUUUUUUCCAAACAGAAUGUAUACGAUAAUAAUAAUUAGGUAUGUUCUAGCACAGGACCGUCAUGAAAUUUUUGUGAUUUUAAGUCAUCAACGAUUCUUUAUGAUGCUGGAACACACCUGAAUAUUAAUUACACAAGCAGGGUGGUACCGAUGUUCCUAGAUUACUAUUAUUUUUGUAGCAUAUGCGAAAUUAUUAAAUACACAGGCUAUUCGACGAAUAUUUUUUAGGUACAUACAGUAAAAUCCAUUUAAAAUUAUGUUGGAAAUAAAUACAUGUAAUUGCACCAAUCACAAACAAUUAUUAUAAAUUCUACUGAUUAAUAAAUGGAGAAAAACACUAAUAAAAUGGAUUUUACUGUAUUUAUUCGGAUUUGUAAUUUAAUAAUCAAUUGUGUCACUAGUCAUUUUGGGCCUUAUAGGCUAGUCUCGGCGAUUUAGAUAUUUUUUACUACAAUGUAUAGAGUGCCUUUAACAAAAUGUAUAAUGCAAGAAAUUCGUAAUUGUAUAAAAAUUCGUCUAUUUAUUAAUCCAUAUAUGUUCCGUUAGACUUUUCAAUUUGUAUUCAGUGCCUUGAUGACCUAUUUAUUUCCUAACCGAAAUACAAGGUGUUCCAUAAUGACAUGCUAAUAUUUAAGGGGGUGAUAUGAAUAUGAAGUUUUUUUUUUCUUAAUAUGGGCUCAGAAAUCACACCCUUAAAUAUUAGCAUGUCAUUUUGGAACACCCUGUAUAAUUUUAUUUCCUUUGUCGAAAAUAAAUAUUGUAUUUGUAUUUUAUAUUAAUUUAUUUUGUACGCAGAAGGGCCUAGGCAAAUCUUGUUAAUACUCAAUUUAGACUUCCUCUGUUGUCGAAUGGAAAAAUUUUAUCGAAAGGUAGACAAUCAGAAAUGGGAUGUACUGUACUUUCGAAAAAAAAUGUAAAAAGUGUAUAGUAAAAAAAUCUACAGCACUAAAAAAACGAAGGGUAUAAUCAUAUCCUUGAAUCCUAAACUAAUAAAGAAAUUAAUUUCUAUAAAAUGGUUGUUUUAUUACCCUAA